CUACUCUAAUAACUCCCACGACUACAAGUACACCAAGAGACCCACCACACCUCAUGCACCUCACUUCAUUUGCAAUGAAAUGCAUUGGACAAGUGAGGGAAGAAGGUCAACGCCUUCAUUGCUAAACUCAGUGAUAGUGAUGAGAGUGAUGAGGAGAAACCCACACCAACUCCAAGUUAUCUUCUCAACAUCAAGCUCAUUUGAGGGUUCUUUCAUUCAAGGAGUAAACCAAAAUGUCUCUUGUGACAGUCGAUCCGAUACAGUUCGGGGUCAUGGGCGUCCUCCAUACCUGUCCAAAUCCUAUCUGCCUCCCCAUACCAAAUCAAAAUUACUCUGUGAAGCAUUUGGUAAUUGAAGCAAAGGCAAAUACUAGGAAGGAAAAUGCCCAAGUCCGAAACAGGAGAUUACAAAGGAAAUUUAAUGGAUCGUCUGUGAGACCAAGGCUCUCAGUUUUCUGUUCGGCCAAGCAGUUGUAUGCUAUGUUAGUUGAUGAUCAGAACAAGAAGUGUUUAUUUUAAGGAAGCACACUACAAAAACCCAUCCGAGAGAAUGUCUCCUGUAGCACCACUGUAAGUGUUUCAUUUUGAUCUAUAUCUGUUUUCCUAUCCAUCAAGCAAAAUGCAUCCUCAAACUAACAAUUCAACUAAAAGUGGUAGCUAGGGGCCAUUGCUUGGUCCAACUUAAACUAUUCAGUCCAAAGAAGUGGUCCAACUUCAAGCUAGAAAGCAACAAUGGUGGCAUAUGGAUUUAAUCUGAAAUCUGCUUUUUCUGCUGCUGAGGUACAACUGUUUUUUCUCCCUUCUCUAAGCUAUCUCAAACUCUGCCCAAGGACUUCGCAAGCACAUUGUAUUAUAGAAUUAACCUGAAAUCUGUCAAACCAAAUGGGUAUAUGACAUAUUUAAUCUGAAAUUUGUCAAACCAUUUGAGCAUGCUAAAAAACAUGCUC